GUUCUGCAAUACCGUGUAUUAAAACAUAACAAGCUUCAUAUUUUUUGCACCAUCUUCAGAAUUUCAAAGGAUAUCAAAAUCAUUCAUGGAGGAUCAAAACCUAAACCUACCUUAUACUCUUUCACCAUCUUCAACCCAAAAUGAGUCAGAAACAACCAACAAUGCUGCCAUCGUGACGGAAGUGUUGGGAAAUGAUGCUGGUUCGGACACUGGAGCAAAGUCCAAAUCUGUAGGUUCGGAAUCUGCUCCGGUAAAAAGGGGCAGAGGGAGGCCUCGAAAGUAUGAGGUUGGCGGGAAGCCAUUGUCUCCGGUGACACCGACUCCAGGGCUUGCUAUUCAGCCUUGUGGAAGUGAGGAGAAGCGUGGAAGGGGACGUCCUCGUGGUUCUGGAAAAUUGCAAAUUUUGGCUUCCAUUGGUGAAUGUGCUGGAGAAACGGCUGGAGGAAGCAUGUCACCUCAUGUGCUGAGUGUGAACCCUGGAGAGGAUGUGGUUGGAAAGAUAUUUGCAUUUUAUCAAAAUGGUCCUUCUUCAGCUGUUUGCAUUCUUUCUGCUUCUGGCACCGUAUCAACUGUCACCCUUCGUCAACCUGGUGUUUCUGAUGGUUUUUUGACAUACGAGGGUCACUUUGAGAUUUUAUCUUUAAAUGGAUCAUGCACCUUCACUAGUGGUGCUGUUGGUGGUGCACAAAGGAAAAUUUGCAUGUUGAGUGUUUCAUUGGCUAAACCUAAUGGAGAGGUUUUUGGAGGUGGUGUUGAGAACACAUUGAUAGCCGCUUCUCCUACUCAACUUAUUUUGGUAACUUUCAAGCAAACCAUAAGCAAUCAAAUCAAGAGAAAGCACUCAUCACUACCUUCAACUGCUCCAAAUAUGUUGACUAAUCAAGAUUCAGCGAAAGAAAACACCUCGAAAGUUCCCAAGUUAACAACAGAAGGAGAACCUAGCUGCCUAACUGCAACAACAACAAAUACUAAUGGUGCAAUAGUAGAAGAUAAUGUCACUAUUGCUGCGGAUGAAAAUGUUCAAUCCGAUUCUAUUCGUUGUAAAUGUAUCGAUCUUGAAAGCCAGACACCGGAGCCUGUUAAAAGAUCUCCAGAUAUUAAUGCCAACCAUGUUCCUGAGAUAUGAAGCACCUCUCUCCAGCCUUGAGUUAUGCAUAACAUAAUUUCUCCCUCUCUCUCUCUCAUAUUUUUUAUUGCAUAUGUUAGCAACAUGUUUGUUUAGUUUGACUUUGUUGGAAGUGAAAGUUGUAAAUCUAGUUUUCUUAGGUGGCAUGCAGAAAACUUGGGGAAUACAAUGGAUGAAAAAUAAUAUUUGCAGUCUCACUAAUUGGAUUUUUAUUGAUGAGAGGAUUUUCUUCGUUCCUAGUACACUAAGCAUGGUUGGGAACAUCAAAAUACACCUUAUAUUCUAUGUGACCGAGUCUUUGCGCUCAUUAUAUUUGGGUGAUAUUCAAGUUUUACUUGACAUUAAAAAGUUGAAAAGCAUGUCUAGACUACUCGUCAACAGUUCAAUGUAGAACUUAUUCGUUACCAGAUCACAAUCAGUGUCAUAGAUUACAAGUUG